GCAAUCCCUUGAUCAAUACUCAUCGGAGACUAAAAGCCUGUCGCUCUGCUUGUUUGAGUUCCUGGCUAAGGCCGUGGGUGCUGAGCCAGAGUCGCUGUUAGGCAUCUUUGAAGAGCAGCCUCGAGGAAUGAGGAUGAACUACUACCCACCAUGCCGGCAAUCUGACAAGGUAAUUGGCCUGUCGCCGCACACCGAUGUGGUUGGCCUGACGCUGCUGCUCCAGGUGAACGAUGUUCAGGGUCUGCAGAUCAAGAGGGAUGGCAAGUGGUUCUCCGUGGAUGCUCUGAGUGGCGCAUUCAUCGUCAACAUAGGGGACACACUUGAGAUCCUGAGUAACGGAAAAUUCAAAAGUGUUGAGCACAGGGCCAUGAUACAUCCAAAUAAGGAGCGGAUUUCAACGGCACUAUUCCACUAUCCGCGCGAUGAUCUGCUGCUGAGCCCUCUGCCUGAGUUUGUGAAAGAUGGUAAAGUGAAUUACAGAUCAAUCAGUUACAAUGAUUUCAUGAUGCAGUUUUUUAAUCAAAAGCGUGAUGGAAGGAAUCGGCUGGAGAGAUUAAAGUUGGAACAGUAGCCAUCGACUAUGAUGCCUGAGAUACUCUCUGAAAUGAGCAUGCUUCUGGGUUGUGUCCUACAUAUAUAUUUCUUACUGUAUGUACUAUCUGGAGAUCACAAAUAAUGAAAUAACCAUAUCUUAUGAUGACAAUACCUGACAUUUUUGUUGGCCUUGUACUAUGUAUAUUUGGUAAAAGUUUUCUUUUUGAAUGGUGGCAA